GCAGCAGCCUCGGUGCGUGCGUGCGCCGGCAGCUCAGAGCGCAACGCUUUGCAUGGAAGGUGCAGAUUCGCGCGCUUGCUCGCGCCACAGAAUACAAGUCAGAGAGGGCAACGCUUCUACAAAAUUGACACCAAAAGUCGCAGUCGAGCCCAUCGCUCUCAGUGGAUUCGUGAUUCAUUCAGCGCUUCGACAACCUCUUCCAACCCAUCGCAAGGAUACAUUCUGUACAAGCACCCUCAAACACCGCUAAACAUGUCGCUCCCUGCUUUCAACACCGACGCCGGCUUGGCCCUGCUCGACACACACGUUGGCACCCGCUCCUACAUCAACGGCUUCACUGCAUCUCAGGCAGAUGUGGCCGUCUACGAGCAAGUAGGCUCUCGUCCCUCCGAGGACAAGUACCCUCACGCUGCUCGUUGGUGGGACCACAUUGAGAGCUACAAAGCCGAGCACUCUACUCUUUCAGGCGACAAGACUGCCGCAGCUGCCGCUUUCGCUCACCUCGCUGCCAGCGGAUCUACCCCUGCUGCCAAGCCCGCUGCCAAGGAGGAUGAUGAUGACGACGAUGUCGACCUUUUCGGUUCCGACGAUGAAGUAGACGAGGAGGCUGAGCGCAUCAAGGCGGAGCGUGUCAAGGCUUACGAGGCCAAGAAGGCCAACAAGGGUCCGGGCCCCGCCGCCAAGUCUGUCGUCACUCUGGAAGUCAAGCCUUGGGAUGAUGAGACGGACAUGGCCGAGUUGGAAAAGAACUUACGAAGCAUCGAACAGGAUGGUCUGGUUUGGGGUGCCAGCAAGUUGGUGCCUGUCGGCUACGGUGUCAGCAAGCUGCAGAUCACCCUCGUCGUUGAGGAUGCCAAGGUUUCCCUCGACGCCCUUCAAGACCUCAUCGCAGAGGACGAGGACCACGUUCAGUCUAGCGACGUCGCUGCCAUGCAGAAGCUCUAAACUGCUUCGGCAUGCCGGCUUACAGACGAGGCCUUGAUACUGUCAUGGCACACCUUGUUGCAGCAAUGUUUCUUGAAUUAACCGCACCAAUCACAUGAUGGCUGAUUCGAGAGUCUUGCUCGGCUCGCCGCAUUUGCUUGUGCCUGAAAGAUCUCAAUCAGACCUGCUUUACAACGAUAAGUGGAUCACAAAGGAGCAGCUUUUACUGAGAAGUGUCAAUGUCACCGGCCGAAUCGUCAUACAUCAACGGGGUGAACAAGCCAAUAUUGAGAUUCACCCAAAUCCAAUUUCAUCUUGGCCUGCAUACAGUCUGACUUUCAAACCCUGCCCGAACCUACAGACUAGACGUGAGCGCAAAUAGCAAA